GCAGGGAAAUUUGAGUGGGUUUCGCAGUCUGGAACAAGUGGCACUCCCCUCCCAUUUGUGGGGCGCGGAGGAGGGCGCGUGGGGCAGCGUCACUCCCCCGGCAGUCCCUCGCGGUUUUCGCGCCGCGGGAAAAAUGGCAACCACGGCGUUCAGCAGCCCGGGCGCGGUGGCAGAGAGUUCAGAAACGGGUAACCUGUCGGACAGCGAGCCCAGUGGUCCGGCGCCCGACUUGCCAGUCAGUGACACAAUGAACAUAGUGAACUCACAGGGGUAUUGCGUGUCCAUGCGCGACAGCGACAUGAAGUACCACGCCAUGCCACAGUCGCAUCCCCAACACAUGGCACAUAAUCCGUGGGUGGGACUCGCGGCGCCGCCGCCGCCACCACCGGAUCCAGGCUCAUGGUCCCCCAUGCACCACCACGGGCUGACGGACAUCAAGCCGCAACCAGAGUUGCUGCACCACCGCGGCCCGCAGCACCACGCUGCCAUGACGCCACCCUGGCACCCUCCGGUCUCUGCACCUUACACCCAACAUUAUGCCAUGAAUGGCAUGCUGAGUCCGGCGGCGUAUCCGCAAAUGCGGGACAUGGGUCCGAAUUUGGGCGAUGGGCAAGACGAUGUGGCCAUGGAGCAGCCGUCGUCAGAUGACCUGGAAGUGUUCGCCAAGUCCUUCAAGCAGCGACGCAUCAAGUUGGGUUUCACGCAGGCCGAUGUGGGACUCGCCCUGGGCACCCUCUAUGGAAACGUGUUCUCGCAGACGACCAUUUGUAGGUUCGAGGCCCUGCAGCUCAGCUUCAAGAACAUGUGCAAGCUCAAGCCGUUGUUGCAAAAGUGGCUGGAGGAAGCAGACUCCACCACGGGCUCGCCCACCAGCAUCGACAAGAUCGCGGCGCAGGGAAGAAAGCGCAAGAAACGCACCAGCAUCGAGGUCUCCGUCAAAGAUCAGAACCAAUUUAUUAAUUAA